UAUGGAGUAUCAACACGCGUGGAGCUCAAAGUAUGUGGUGGGUUAUGCAGGCAAGUUGUGAAUAUUUCCUUGUAUUCACUAGACUCACAUUUAGCAUUAUUCAAUACUGAUUCUAAUUACAUUCCUCAUAUUAAACGUCAACACAAGGGUCAUAUCACCUUCUCGGGUGAUAAAAUUCCAUCGGAUGAAAGUGCUAUAGUGAUUAGCAACCAUCAAUCUUUUACAGAUUUUUUACAUGCUGCAUUCAGUUGCAAUAC